GGAGCCAGUGGAUGAGGUGCUACAGAUCCCUCCGUCCCUGCUGACAUGCGGUGGCUGCCAGCAGAACAUCGGGGACCGCUACUUCCUGAAGGCCAUCGAUCAGUACUGGCACGAGGACUGUCUCAGCUGCGACCUGUGCGGGUGCCGGCUGGGCGAGGUGGGGCGGCGCCUCUACUACAAGCUGGGCAGGAAGCUCUGCCGGAGGGACUAUCUCAGGCUUUUUGGCCAAGACGGCCUGUGCGCGUCCUGUGACAAGCGGAUCCGCGCCUACGAGAUGACCAUGCGGGUGAAAGACAAAGUGUACCACCUGGAGUGUUUCAAAUGUGCCGCCUGUCAGAAGCACUUCUGCGUGGGCGACAGAUACCUCCUCAUCAACUCCGACAUAGUGUGUGAACAGGACAUCUACGAGUGGACUAAGAUCAACGGGAUGAUAUAAGCCAGAGUCCCCGCGACAGCGUUCGCGGAAGACACCGUCUCCACGGUGUCUUCACUCUUAGGCACUUUGGGGAUUUGAGGGUGGGGCGAGGCAUUUCUUAGGGGAUGGUGGAAACUUACUGGGAACCGAGACAUAGCCUCCGAGGGAUGUAAUGCAAGGGCCGAGACUUCAGUGUGCCAAAAGGACUAGCCCUCUGACUCUUAGAGCUUCUGGUCACCACCUCUCCAUGGUAACUGACAUGAUUAGUGGAAGGAAGGAACGUUCAGGGACAAGCAGGCGGCGUGCCACAGGGACGCGAUCUCCCAUCCACCAAUGGGAGCUGCCGUGUACAGACGGCUUGUUGCGAUUGUGAUGCUUGCAAACUAGAGCUGGGCAAUUGAUUCCCCCCUGGCUUCUGUAACAGCCCUGCUCCGGUCACUGUCCGUACGCAAGGCAAGGACAGGUAGGAGAGUGGCCGUCCUUUUUUUCUUGGUCAUCUUCCUAAGGCCUUAAGCUUGGGGCCCAAGGAGAACCGCAUGGGGACACAUUUCAGUGGAGAAUGAGAACUGCGGGCUCUUAACCAAUUAUUUAAAGCAGUGCCCAGGGACCCUGGUUUUCAGACACCUUGCCUUUGUGGGGAGAAGUUCCAGAUCGUUUCUAUACAGAUGUAAAUCUAAGAACUCAAAGUUGUUUGACUAUUUUAUUAUCUUAGAUUAUAUCAAAGUAUUUGUUGUGUGUAGUAAAAAAAGAAAAGAGAAACAUCUCUGCAGACUUAAUAAAAACAACUGACUAAAAUGCA